AUGCCCAUCGUAGGCAUCGAGAAGAUGCUCGGCCCUUGUCUGAAUACAAUUCCAUCCCGGGUGAAGCUGCAGCCAAGGUGGAGUGCUCUCGAUCUUUUGCAGCACGUUCAGAAGCAAUGCUCCGCGACGUUUGCGCAUGACUACGUGGAUCUCGCGGAUACUGUCCGCACCAGCACAGACUGGUCGCCGGAUAGUUAUCUUCCCUGUAUUAUUCAACAUCAGAAGGUUGUGCAGACUUCCACUCUCUCAUUACCUGAUGUUGAGUGUACCUCGUCUGGCUGGGCAUAUUUCAUCCCGCAAUCCGGGUUGUGGAUUUUGUCCUCGCCGCAGGACUCCAUGUUACAGCUUAUGCUGUGUGCGUCGGGGGUUUUCAUAUCUCUGGAAACAGCCAGAUCCUGGGUCAAGAAUCUCGCGACCGCUAUCACUAUUUUCGCAAGCCAGCCUGACAUACUGCUGGAUGAUGUUCAUGUAUAA